AUGUCUGUCUGCUUUCUUCCUAUUUCUCCUCACGAUAUUAGUCACACGAAUUUCCUAUUUUAUCGUGCCAUUAAACUCGUGUUUUUUUCAUCUGCCGCUCAACAACGUAUUCUUAUCGGAUCUAUCUAUCUAUCUAUUUAUCUAUCUAUCUAUCUAUCCCUUUCUCACCAAUAUCUAUCUAUCUAUCUAUCUAUCUAUCUAUCUAUCUAUCUAUCUAUCCCUUUCUCACCAAUAUCUAUCUAUCUAUCUAUCUAUCUAUCUAUCUAUCUAUCUAUCUUCAUUACCUAUCUACCGAUCUCUCUACAGCUGUUCAUAUCUAUCUAUCUAUCUAUCUAUCUAUCUAUCUAUCUAUCUAUCUAUCUAUCUAUCUAUCUAUCUGUCCCUUUCUCACCAAUAUCUAUCUAUCUAUCUAUCUAUCUAUCUAUCUAUCUAUCUGUCCCUUUCUCACCAAUAUCUAUCUAUCUAUCUAUCUAUCUAUCUAUCUAUCUAUCUAUCUAUCUAUCUAUCUAUCUACAGCUGUUCAUAUCUAUGUAUCUACAUAUCUGCCAACAUUAUCAGUAUGUAAUUUUUUCCCAUAUCUAUCUUAUGUAUGUAUCUACGUUUGUUCAUUAUCUAUCUAUCUAUCUAUCUAUCUAUCUAUCUAUCUAUCUAUCUAUCUAUCUACGUCUGUUCAUACCUAUCUAUGUAUCUCCAUUUGAUCAUUAUAUAUCUAUCUAUAUAGAUGUCUAUCUAUCUAUCUAUCUAUCUAUCUAUCUAUCUAUCUAUCUAUCUGUCAACUUUUCAUUAUCAAUAUGCUCUUACUCUCCAUCGCCCUCUGUUUAUGAGAUUUUCGGUCAAUUUGUCUAUAUCUGCCCAAACUGCAUAUCAGAUAGUCCCUCUUUCUAUCUCUCUGUCUAUUUUUUGUUCACCAUUUUCAAAUACGUAGACAGUUGA